UUGAUUGUCAAAUUUGAAUGCAACGGUUUUACAGUGGUUUGGUAGUUAAUAUUGGAGCAGUUUAAUGAAUUGAAAGUGAUUACAGACGUUUUAUUGUUACUUGCACCAUGGAUAACUACUCGAGCAUAUUGAAGGCCGUCCAGGAGUUCGACGAGCUUUUUCUCAAGAAAGUAACGACGGGUCUCUUUCAGAAAGAGGUGAGCCCAGAGCCUACUAUAGAAUCAACAUUAGCUACAUUAGAAGCUUUUAAGAAAACCAGAGACUUUACUUUAAUAUCUGCUCAUGUAAACAAUGUGAAUCGCAGACAAAAAACUAGCAAUCGUAAACAAUCUAAAGAGAAUGUAAAUCCAAAAGCAGCUGUUAAUAAUUCAGAUAUGAAUAGAGUUCCUUAUGUAAAGAUGGAAAGGAUUUCUGAGGAAGCUAUGAUUAAUAUAAAAGAAUCUAUGAAAAAAAACAAAAAGAGGGUUGUUAAAAUGGAACCAAAAUCACCAUCUGCAGAUAGUGAUGUUGAAAUUAUAAACAGUGUGGAAAUCCAUGCUAUAUCAGAUGAUGAUGCAGAUGAGAUUAUUAAGAAGCCAAAAAAUACCUUAUUAGAAAUUAAAAAAGAAAAUCUAAGGUCUUCAAGAACGCUAACCAAAAUGUUGCCGCCAAAGGCACAGAGCAGGACAACAAGGACUAAAACUAAAGCAGAUACAGAGGAAGUUAAUAUACGAUCUACAAGAUCUAAAACAAGGAAUAAAAAUACGAAUGCAGAGAUAUCGUCAGAUUCCGGAAGCGCUAAAUCGAGUCGUGUGAAGCAAAUUAAGGAAAAGAUCUCAAGUGAGAAUGUUCAAACUAAAACUGGGAUUAAAGACACCAAAAGAAGUAGAUCACAAUCACCAAGUGAACCUGAGAGGCAUUUGAAAAAGUUAAAAACGAGUAAGCACGAUGACACAUCCGUAUACGAGGACGCUGUGGAGGAUAUGAAAAUGGUCGAGGAAGCUUCAUAUCAUCAAAGCCCAGUAAAGAAACGGGUGGAAGCUUAUGAAAAAAUGACGGAAACACCUCCGCCUCAAAUGCGCAUUACUAGAACCAAAACCAAGAUGCUAGCAGCGGUGAAUGCAGAAGUUGUGACACCUGUUUCCAAUAGAUUAAUUACUCCUUCAAAAAUGAGUACAAUGAAAAACAUGAUAGUCACUGGUUCAGAAACUAGAACCUUGAAAGCAUUGAAAUCAUCGCAAAAGAUGUUCAAAGAGCGUGAGAAAUUGAGACUUCAGAAAGAAGCUGAAUUAGCCAAAAGGAAAGAAGAACUGGUUCUUGAAAAACAGCGGAAGAAUGAGCUAGAGAAAAGACGAUUGAAACGGUUAGAAGAAAGAAAAUUGCAGAAGAAACAUGAAGAGGAAUUGAAGAGAAUCGAACAGGAAAUGAAAAGAAAAAUAGCAGAGGAGGAAUGCAGAAGGAAAGAAGACGAGCGACGAAGAAAGGAGGAAGAGCGAAGGAUAAAGGAAGAGGAACGCAGAAGGCAAGAGGAAGAAAGGAAGAGGGCUAAGGCACAAAAAGCAAAGAAACAACCUAAGAAUGAUAUUUACAUGCUCGAAGAAGCACCUCUUUUACCGACAUACGAUUGCUACGAUUCUGAUGAUGCGGAAUCGGUUUUAGCUAAAAAGGUCGUACCACAUUGGCUUAAUCGUGAAGAACUAACCACUACAUUGAAUAUUAUGGAAUCCUUUAUAAAACCGAAGGUGAUGAACACAUUGUUUUGUCCGAUGCCACAAACGCCGAAUUUGCUGGAUAUUUUCGACAAUGUGAACCCAGUAAGACUUAAACGGAACUCGAGCGCCAUUUGGAGCAAACCUCCUCGGUUUACAAUGAUGCCUAUUAAUAUUCCGAAUAUUUAAUCUUAUUUAUUUCGUUUAGAAUAGAAAAUGUAUUUUCUUUAUUUGUUUACAAUAUUUCAG